AUGUCGAUGAAGACACCCCAAGGGAUGAAGAAAGGUGUGCUCACAAACGUGUGGCACAUCCCAAAGUUAUCCAGAAACCUGUUCUCGGUCGGCCGCUUCACCAAGGAUGUCGGCCCAGUGACGUUCACGAAGGAUGGGUGCUAUGGAGAAGCGAAAGGGACCAAGUGGAAAAUUGGUGCCCGUGAAGGUAAAGGACUGUUCAAGCUGCAAAUGACUCCAGUGGCGCCGGAACAAGCAAAUGCAGCCAAGUCGUCGGGAUGUCAAGGGGGCACCAAGUCGUACCUCUGGCACCUUCGGCUUGGCCACAUAGGUCAUGAUGGACUCAAUUGCAUCGUGACGAAGAACAUUGGAAUUGGCAUCGACAUAUCUUCGGUGAAGAAGUGGGACGUGUGUGAAGGUUGUGCUCUGGGAAAACAGACUCGAGUGCGCUUCCAAUCAAACACUACAGCUCGCACCUCCAAACUCCUCGAAGUGAUUCACAGCGACGUAUGCGGACCGAUGUCGAUGGCAACUUUCAGUGGAAAACGGUACUUCGUGACAUUCAUCGAUGACAAGUCAAGAUACUGUGUCGUCUAUCUGCUCAAGAGCAAAUCUGAAGUUGCGGCGAAGUUCAUGGAAUACGCUGCGAUGGCCGAAACGCAAACCGGAAAGCGCGUGAAGUACCUUCAAAGCGACAAUGGGGGUGAAUACAAGUCCGACAAGCUGGCACGAUUCUGCGCGGAACGGGGAAUACAACAAAGGUUCACAACCCCAUAUACUCCUCAGCUAAACGGAGUAGCUGAGAGAAUGAAUCGCACGCUGGUCGAGUGUGCGCGUUGCAUGAUGGAACACGCUGGACUGGGAAAGAGCUACUGGGGUGAAGCAGUGAUGACGGCGAUGUUUCUUCGAAACCGCUGUCCAACACGUGCCAUUCACCAAGACAAGUCUCCAUAUCAAGUGUGGACGAUGAAGAAACCGAUUCUGGCCAACCUUAAAGUGUUUGGAUGCCACGCGUAUGUUCAAGUGCCUCAAGACAAACGCGCGAAGUUCGACUCCAAGUCAUCACUCUGUCGUUUCCUGGGAUACGUCGAACACCAGAAGUCAUAUCGAUUUGAGGAAGUGUCAACAGGAGCGAUCAAGAUCAGUCGCGAUGCCACAUUCAUGGAAGACAAGUUUGAUGAAGGUCCGCGCAACUACAACGAUGAGUCAAGUGUCGUUGAGUUUGAUGAUCAUGAUGAGGACGAAGAAAAAAGAAGAAGGUAA